GAAGAAGUAGGACGACUAGUAGCAUUGCUCUUUCAAUGUUACGGAGUACGUGUUUGAAAGAAGUCGUUUUAGAAGAAGGAAAUUGGGAGAGAAUGAAUGCAAUGAUAUGACCGCCGACGGCCAAGCUAAGACAUGUCAGCGCAGAGAGAGAGAGUGCGCUCUGCCAACCAGUAUAAUGUGAUUAACACCAAUUUCACAGCAAUCAAACUCUAAAGAUCUACCUUUUCAUAUUCAAUUCUAUUACAAACCCUUCCUUAAUUCAAUUGAAUUCAAAUCAGUUGCAAGAAUGCUCUUUCGUUUUCUGAGAUCUUUCAGUUGGUUUCUUGAUCCCUUUGAUUUUUUCAUUGUUACUACCCCAACAGAUUGGUAAUUUAGUGAAACAUUUUCCAGUACAUUUUCUCCGACUUAUUAUUUUUAAUUUUACAAUAUAUAAUGAGGCGGAGAAACACCAGCUUUGGGCGGCAGCAUAAGCGGCGGUACUCCAAUCUCAUAUGGUUAGUGUUGUGUGGAUUGGUGGUUUUGCUGUUUUUCGUUGUUCUUCUCAGCAAAGAUAAUCAACCCAUGUCAAAGCCUGCUUUGGCAAAGAGGUCUUUCAGGCAAGAUAAAAUUUUAGAAGGCCUUAAUGUUACGGAGGAGAUGUUGAGCCCAACUUCGCUAACAAGGCAGCUUAAUGAUCAAAUUGCUUUAGCUAAAUCGCUUGUUGUGAUAUCUAAAGAAAGCAACAAUCUUCAAUUUGCAUGGGAGUUGAGUGCUCAAAUUCGCAACUCACAGAUUCUCCUUUCUAAUGCUGCCACGAGACGAAGCCCAUUGACAAUUAGGGAGUCAGAAACAGCAAUCAAGGACAUGGCACUUCUGCUUUACCAAGCUCAGCAACUUCACUAUGACAGUGCUACCAUGAUUAUGAGAUUAAAGGCCAAAAUUCAGUCUCUUGAAGAACAAAUGAGUACGGUGAGUGAUAAAAGUUCGAAAUAUGGGCAAAUAGCUGCUGAGGAAAUCCCAAAAAGCCUCUAUUGUCUUGGUGUUAGGCUGGCAAGUGAAUGGUUUAGAAAUCAGGAUGCGCAGAAAAGGCUUGCUGAAAAAAAAUUAAAUGUCAGGAAACUCGUAGAUAACAGCCUUUAUCAUUUCUGUGUCUUCUCUGACAACAUCCUUGCGACAUCGGUUGUCAUAAAUUCCACUGCUGUGAACUCUGAACAUCCGGAAAAGGUUGUAUUCCAUCUUGUAACUGAUGAGGUUAAUUAUGCACCUAUGAAGGCUUGGUUUUCCAUGACUGAUUUCCGUGGAGUAACAGUUGAGGUUCAAAAGAUUGAGGAUUUUAGUUGGCUUAAUGCUUCCUAUGUCCCAGUCCUUAAGCAGCUCCAAGAUUCAGAGACUAAAAACUAUUACUUCUCAGGCAACAACGACGACAACAAAACACCAAUAAAGUUCCGAAACCCUAAGUACCUUUCAAUGCUUAACCACAUCAGGUUCUAUAUCCCAGAAGUUUAUCCAGCGCUGAAGAAGGUAGUUUUCCUUGAUGAUGAUGUUGUUGUCCAAAAAGAUCUCUCUCCACUUUUCUCCCUUGAUCUGAAUGGCAAUGUAAAUGGGGCGGUUGAGACAUGUAUGGAAACAUUUCAUCGGUAUCACAAGUACUUGAACUAUUCUCACCCUCUUAUACGGUCACAUUUUGACCCUGAUGCAUGUGGGUGGGCAUUCGGCAUGAACAUCUUUGACCUGGUAGAAUGGAGGAACAGAAAUGUUACGGGAAUAUAUCACUACUGGCAGGAAAAGAACAUAGACCGGACUUUAUGGAAAUUGGGAACUCUUCCACCGGGAUUGCUGACUUUCUAUGGGUUGACAGAGCCAUUAAAUCCUUCAUGGCACAUAUUGGGAUUGGGAUAUACGAAUGUUGACCCGAAGUUGAUAGCGAAGGGGGCUGUACUGCACUAUAACGGCAACUCAAAGCCGUGGUUGAAGAUUGGCAUUGAAAAGUACAAACCACUUUGGGAAAAAUAUGUUGAUUAUGACCAUCCUAUACUCCAACAGUGUAAUGUUCACUGAUCUCGCCUCAAAAGGCCCGAGAUUUUGUAAAACAGGAGGUGCUUGGUAGGUUCAUUUCACAUUAGCAACGAUCAUCUAGUUUAUUGUUCUUGUACCAUUGAUUAAAGAUGUAUACACAAUUUUUUGGACAGUAUAACUCCCUAAACAUUGUUUUCUAAGCCUUAAGCCAAAUUAUGUAACUUCUUCAUCUUCUUGUAUUUUACAGUUUCAUUUCUCUUUC